CGACGAACGACGCUUGAAACUGGAACACAACUCACAGCACACAGCAACAGCACACUUGCACCGCCGAUCACAAGCCGCUCGCAUCGCCACUUCUUUUCUCCGCGCAGAGAGGGUUAUCCAGUAGGAAGGAGGUCAACACAGCACAGAAAUCAGGACCAUGGCGACAACAGUGGAAAAGAUCAAGGAGAUCGAGGCCGAAAUGGCCCGAACUCAGAAGAACAAGGCGACGUCGUACCAUCUCGGCCAGCUCAAGGCCAAACUCGCCAAGCUCAAGCGCGAGCUCCUUACUCCGUCGGGCGGCGGCGGCGGCGGCGGCGGAGUCGGCUUCGAUGUCGCCCGCACCGGUGUCGCUAGCAUCGGCUUCAUUGGCUUUCCCUCGGUCGGCAAGAGCACGCUCAUGAGCCGGCUGACGGGGCAGCACUCCGAGGCGGCCGCCUACGAGUUCACGACCUUGACCAGCGUGCCCGGCCAGGUCAUAUACAACGGCGCGCCGCUGCAGAUGAUCGACCUGCCCGGUAUCAUUGAGGGUGCGAAGGACGGCCGUGGUCGUGGGCGGCAGGUCAUUGCCGUCGCCAAGACGUGCCAUCUGAUCUUCAUCGUGUUGGACGUCAACAAGCCGCUGACGGAUAAGAGGAUUAUCGAGAGCGAACUGGAAGGGUUUGGCAUCAGGAUCAACAAGGAGCCGCCGAAUAUCACGUUCAGAAAGAAGGAUAAGGGCGGGCUGAAUAUCACCAGCACGGUGCCGCUGACGCACAUUGACCAUGAUGAAAUCAGGGCGGUCAUGAGCGAGUACAAGAUCAGCUCGGCCGACAUUACCAUCCGGUGCGACGCCACCAUCGACGACCUGAUCGACGUGCUCGAGGCGAAGAGCCGAAGCUAUAUCCCGGUCAUCUAUGUGCUCAACAAGAUCGACAGCAUCAGCAUCGAGGAGCUCGACCUGCUGUACCGCAUCCCCAACGCCGUGCCGAUCAGCUCCGAACACGGCUGGAACAUUGACGAGCUGAUGGAGGCUAUGUGGGAGAAGCUGAAUCUUAUCCGGGUGUACACCAAACCCAAAGGCAAGAUGCCCGACUACUCGGCCCCUGUGGUGCUUCGCGCGUCGAAGUGCACGGUGGAAGACUUUUGCAACGCCAUCCAUCGGAGUAUUGUCGAUCAGUUCAAGACAGCCAUCGUCUACGGAAAGUCAGUCAAGCACCAGCCGCAACGGGUCGGGCUCUCGCAUGAGCUUGCAGACGAGGACAUCGUUACGAUUGUCAAGAAGUGAUCUCGACCACAGCGAGCCUGCCGGGUUCGACCGUGCCUGAGGCGCUGUCUUCGCGCAGCAUCAUCACCCAGCGGAGUCAACCCGACGGUACGCCGAGGCCCGCUUUUCAAGGGCGGUGAGAUCCUGGAGCCAUAGACUU